AUGGCAACUGUACACUUUGUUGAAACUGAAGUACCACAAUCGAACAUUCCACGAUUUAAACGUGUUAUGGAUAGUGAAGAAAAAAUUAUCAAUAAAUCUGAUCUAUUAGAAACUAAUAUAACAUCAUCAGAGAAUUUAUCAAUGACUAGCAAACUAAUUGAUCUAGAUAAAAAUAUUCUAAAUGAAUCAAAUGAUACAAAUAAGGGUUUAUUAGAAACUACUUCAAACCAAUCUUAUUAUGGAUUUAAUACAUCUAAAAUACCAAAAAAUGAUAAAACAAUUCAAAAUAUCAUCAAUGAAAAAAGUGAUAACAUUUUAAUUGAAAAAAUAAUUGAUAAAUCAAUUCCUUCAACUGAAAAACAUGAAACAAAUAAUAAAGUUUCUUCACCAUUACGUUCAAUUAAAGGUAGACGUAUCCGUCAACAAUCAAACAUGUCUGACAAUUCCUAUGAUUUAAAACAGAAUAAUAAUUUAAUAUUAAAACAAAAACAAACAAAUUUAAAAUGUAAAAAAUUUAAAAAAUAUUUAAAAUCACUAAUCGCAUUUUUAUUUUCACAUAUUGGUCUUUGUUUAGUUGUAGUUGGUUAUUGUAUAUUAGGCGCAUUUUUAUUUCGUUCAAUAGAACAAAAUCAUCAAUCUAAUAUAAUACAUAAUUGUACUAUUGAAUUAAUUAAAAAUCAAAUAAAUAUACAACAUUUAAUUAAUAAUUAUCAUGAUGAAACAUUAAACUUAUGUAUAAAUCAUAUCAAAAAUUGGUAUAAUAAUGAUAUAAAAUGGAAAAAUGAUAUGAUCAAUAUAUUGAUUUAUUAUGGUUUUUCAAUAAAACCAGAAAUAUUUAAAAUGGAAUUAGAAAAAUUUAAUCAAAAUUUAAUGAAACCAAUUAUACCAAUAAAUCAAACAAAUUCAAUUAUAAAUCAUAAAUUUACAUUAAUUGAAUUUAAUAAAAAUUUAACAAUUAAUUUAAAAUAUUCUACAGAAUAUAUUAUAUAUAAAAUAAACGAAUUAAUUGAAAAAUUAAUAUAUAAUACAUAUGAUGCAUGUAAUUCAGGUUGGAAACCAGUACAUUCAUUAAAUAAUAUAUUAAUGAAUAAUAAAAAUUAUAAUAUUUAUUCACAAUGUUAUAAAUAUAAUAAUUGUACAUUAGAAAAUAAUAAUAAUAAUAGUAAUAAUAAUAAUAAUAAUCAAAUAAAUACUAUAUGUAAUUGUUUAAAUGAAACAAACUGUUUAUGUGAUAAUAUAAAUCAAAUUAAUAAUUAUUCAAAUAGAUUAUCUACAAAUGGUGUUAUUGAAGAAUACCGUGAUCCUUGGACAUUGACUGGAGCUUUAUUAUACGCUGUUACUGUUGUUACUACUAUAGGUUAUGGACAUAUUGUACCUAAAACAGAUCUUGGACGAGCAAUAACUGUAAUUUAUGCAUUAUUUGGUAUACCAUUAGUACUUUUAUGUUUAACUAAUCUUGGUGGUUUUUUGGCUAAUACUGUACGGAUUAUUUAUUCAAAUUCAUGUUUUAAAUAUCAUGAACAUCGUGUUAAAAAGAAAUUAUCUAAACAACAUUCUCAAUCAAUAUUACCAUUAACAAGAGAUGAAAAAUUACAAAAUCCAUCAAAAAGAAAAUUACCAAAUAAUCGUAAAAAUAAAAUAUCUAAAUUACAUAAUAAUUUACAAGAAAAUAUUGAAACUUCAAUAAUCAAUAAUCAUAUUGAUCCGAAUAAAUAUACAUCAAAAGAAUCUAUUAAUCGAUUAUAUAUGAAUGAUUAUCAUACAGCAAGAUUUGAAAAACGAGCUCAAUCUAUACUACAUACAUUAACUAGUUCACAAUCGAUUAUUUCAUCAGGUAUGCAAAAAGAAAGAAAAAAUAAAGGGGUUCAUGUACCAAUAUGGUUAACAUUAUUAGUAUUUUUUAUUUAUAUGAUAGUUGGUGCAAUUAUAUUUGCUAAAUGGGAAAAUUGGAAUUUAUUACAAUCAGGUUAUUUUGUAUUUAUUACAUUGUCAACAAUUGGAUUUGGUGAUUUUGUUCCCGGUAUACAAACAGAUAAAUGGCAAGAAAAUUCUACAAAACCAGUAUUUUGUUGUUUCUAUCUAUUAUUUGGUUUAUCUAUGGUUGCUAUGUCAUUUAAUUUAAUGCAAGAAGAAGUAAAAACUAAAUUUAGACAAUUUGCUUAUAAAGUUGGUUUAGUUGAAGAUUAAAUAUUUUGUUUCUAUAGUGAAAAUCUUUUUGUUUUUAAAAAAAAUGUAAUAUCUAUGAUUACUUGUUUAUUAUUUAUUCUGAAAGUUGUCUUCACCAAUGUACUCCACCAUUUAUCUCCAUAUUCUUCAUUAGUUCUUAUUUAUUUGUUUAACUGCUUGCUUUUAUUCAAUGUGCCUCUAAUUAUUAACAAUUUUAUAACAUUCAUAAUGAUUUUAUUCAAGUCAACGUUGUACACAUUAGUCUUUAAUAACAAUGAAUUCGAUCAUUUCAAUGAUAAUAAUAGAAAUAAUUAAUCAUUGAUUUUAAAAUGUAAAACUGUAGUUGUGAUUUUAAGGUAUCUAUAAAAUUUAGUGCAAUAAAUAUGUAUAUUAAGAACCAUUAUAAGAGUAUAUUAUUAAUGUUUAUUAUAUAUGUUGAACUGUCCUAUCCUUUAGUUUUAUUUUCUAAACACUUAUCUGUAUUAUCAAGAAAACAUAUUUAGUAUUUGGAACCCUAAUUCAUAGUAUAUUCAAAUACAUCUAAUAUAAAUGUUAAUAUAUAAUUCUAUUCCUUCUUCCAUUUACAUUCAAAGUGUGAAACAUCACAUGAAUAUUAGUAAUUAGAAUGAAAUUAGUAUAAUGUUUUAUUAGAACUAAUACAACUAGGUAAUUGAUGAUUAUAACAUUUAUAUUAUUAAUAUGUAAACAUUAAUAUUCAGUUAAUAAUGGAAAUUUAGAAAUUAUAACUAGUUAUAACAUGGUUAAGUAGAGUAUUCCUAUAUUUGAGCAUGGUGAUUGUAAGACAAGAAGAGUUUUGAUUUUUUGCUUGAAGUAGUAAUUAUUCUGAUUUACAGCUACAAGUAGGAUACCUGUAAAGAUUUUUUUUCAAAAUCUCAAUCUCAUUUAAUUUUGAAACGACUUGUUUUCCUAAUACAAAAUUAUUGAAGUAGAUUUUCUCAUUACCUUUUCAUUUUAACUAAUUAAUUAUAUACUUUAGUGGGAUGAAGCAUUGAGACAAUGUAAGUCAUAUAUGUAAAGAACAAUACAAAUGAUCUAUGAUACUACAUCUUUCAAAUACAUCAUAGAAUGAAAACUAGAUGGUUGGUUUAGAACUGAUGGAAGAAAUUUACGGUUUCAAAUAAAUGAUAAUUAAUCACUGUUGUAAAUUCUGUCCUGUCAUACAUAUUCUGGAUCUUUAUAAAUGAGUCUUAUGAUAAAAGUAGUGUUAUGCGAUUCUUUAUAUAUUUUGCUCAAAAC